UCUGUCUGGCUGAAAGCACUCGAAGAACCUCAGUCAGUGACGGAGUGGUGGACCAGCAGAAGGUUGGUAAUGAAGCUGUUUCUUGUCCACCCAGUAUUUUGGUCCUGUUUCCUGGUUUUAUGGGACUUAACAAAUGGUGGGAAUGAGACGGAGGGCAUCAAUCAGGACGUCUGUCUGGAGGAAAGCGAUCUGUUUCAGUACAAAAGUGAUGCAAACUUUACCUGCCACUUUUACCCAACAAAUCUACUCAACUGCUCCUGGUCCUUCGAAGCUUUACAGGAGCUUUCUGCCCACAUCAGUAUUUGUGACGAUGACAGAGUGAUUCCCUCUCUGAGCCAAUCGUCUAAUGAAAGAGUCGGAUCGAUGUUUUUGACUGUGCAGCAGCAUGAGAUGGUAUUUAUGGUACUCCAGUUCAACAUGUCCCAGCACGACAGUUGGACAGUCAAAACCUACACAACAACCGACAUGCACGAAAUAGAGGUCGUGUCCCCACCCUCUAACAUCUCUGCAACAAUCAAAAAUGACAGCCUGUUGGUCACAUGGAGUCCACCCCACAAUAGAUCAAACUCCAGAUGCUUUGAAUACCUGCUGGACCUGGGUGACCAGGAAAAACCCAUACCCUUGACAGGCGAGGUGUCUUAUACAGAGCCGAAUGGAGAUCCCAUUCGCACCUACAGGCUGAGGAUGAGGGCGAGGAAUAACCACUACUGUGCUGGAUCUGCUCAGUGGAGCGAAUGGAGUCCCAUUGUCACGGUGGAACAGUCCGCUGAAAAAUUCAGCAUCCUGUUGAUCGUCUCGAUUUCACUUGGAAUACCCAUGAUCCUCCUGGCUGUGCUGCUGCUGGUGCGCUAUCAGAGGGUGUCCAAACUUCUGUUUCCUCCAAUUCCUCGCCCGCCACCAAAAUACAAAUUUUUCCUGGAAAGAAAUGACACAUUCAAUCUCUCCUAUCCUGCCCCGCCACCGAAGGCUGAGGAGGAGAUCACAAAGGUGGAGGACGCAGAGUAAAAACCACCUCCAAAGACAUUUUAAAAGCAGAAUGGAGAGGACGCUUUGAAAUGUAAUGAAUGUCUGAGGUCUAACUAUUUUAAUAUGAAAUUUCCAUUCAGCUAAAUGUGUUCAAUGCAUGGAUAUGUGUGUGGGUGUGUAAUUAUGUGGAUAUUGUGUUUUUUUAUAGCAUCAUAUAGUUCUAAUUAAAACAUUUGUUCUGCCUGAACUUGCUGGUUAGUUGGUCCUGAAGUAUCUAGUGCUUUUACAAAAUGUGUGUAACUUUUUUUCAUGUGGAAAUAACCCUCAUCUUCUCUUUUAAUAUGAAAUGAAAUGUAAUUAUAAAAUUUUGAAAAAGAGAAAAAAACAGGGGGGGUGGAUACAACCAACAGAAAGGCUUAAUUAUAUAAAGGUUUCAUGAACUUGAAGCAAAGUUUCAAAGGUUUUAUGCAAUUUUCUUAUUGACUUUUCAUGUCUGUCUGUUGAAUAUGAAGCUACAGCAGCCAGUUAGCUUAGCUUAGCAUAUAGACUUGAAAUAGGGAAACAGUUUGCCUGAUGCUGCCCAAAGCUCCACCUACCCAAAACUGUGGAAACUCCAGGACAGAACAAUCAGGCAAACUGUUUUUACACUGUGGUUUUUUGUACAUAUUGUACAAACAAGAUAUAGUGUCUUAAGAGUGAGCUUUUGUUUGUUUGUUUAUUUGUUUGUUAGCUUUUUAACAAGCCAUGCUAGCUGUUUCCUCCUGUGUCCACUCUUCAUGCUAAGCUAAGCUAACCAGCUGAUGGCUGUAACGACAGAUAUGAGAAUGGUAUCAGUUUUCACAUUUAACUCUAGAACGCAAAUAAGUGUAUUUCCCAAAAUGCCUAGCUCUAACUUUCAGAGUCUACACUUAACACAGACCCAGCCACCGCAGACACAGGAAGAGUCACUGGGAGACUCAAGAAAAAAAAAGUCAAAACCACAAAAAUCAGGUGAUCCAGCUUCAUUUCCUGCUGCAGUUUAUUCCAUCUGAAUUCGGAAGCUCCAGAAUAAGAUACAGCCGAGAUUUAGAAAAGUAGAGUUUGUCUGUACUUCUGGUUCUUGUGGUGGCCUAACACGUUACUAAGACACUUUAUGUUAGUUUUAACUUUAGUUUGUCACCCGUCUGUAUAUAAGCUGCUUCAUUAGAAAUGCUUUUUAAAUACAUACUAAGAAAUAAAGGUAUCCUCUCACAGACAUACAGGUCCAACCUACGCUCUUGUACAAGUCCUCAAGCCAUUUCCUGAUUUUAAUCUCAGAGCGCUUUGGUUAAAAAAAACAUUUAAAGACUGAAUGUUGCUGCUUUUAUAUAAAUAAUAACACAAUUUUCCAAUAAGGAUGAGACUGUAGCCUGAAUUACUUGUUGCUUGACAGAACGAGAGGGAGUUAUCAAUAGAAAGUUUAGCUUUUAUUGAAGGCCUGGCUUGAAUGAGCCUAAGAAACUGAACCAGUCGGCCACAGAGAAAUCACUGAGAAUUAAAUAUUACAGCAACAAUGAACACAACCACUGCAAUUAACAAACAAAAGAACUUCUGGCAGCAGCGAGAGCUUGUUGUAAGACCUGAGAUCAGCUUGUAUUUUGGAUAUAAGAUAUCGUAAUAAAGUCACAUGGUGAAUUAAGUGUACCACAA